AUGACAGCUGUCGGGGAACUGGAGCUGCUCGAGGGUACAGAAUGGCUGACACUCAUCCAAAUCAAGUGGGCAGAGAAAUAUCUACCCUUAACUAAGCACGAUCUUUUGUCCUCAGGCACUACGAGCAUCUCGAUUUCGGACCUUUUGGAGAUAUCAGAAGACAGACGAGGCUCCGAAGAACAUCUGUCGUUGAAUACACUAAAACUAGAGGAGAGUGCUUCUGGUGCUUCUAGCUCAGGGAGUCUCGAACUGCGCAAGAACCUAGCAGCUUUGUACUCGGCGCGGACUGGUGGAGUGACAGCAGAUGACAUUCUAAUCACCAAUGGAGGCUCUGCCGCUGACUAUACAGUGCUAUCAGCGGUGCUGGCACAUGGAGACCAUGUUAUCUGCCAGCAGCCUGUCGAUGAACUGUUGUCCAAGAUUCCAGCUUCACUAGGUGCAGAGGUUACAAUGUGGAACGCUGAGCCAGCGAAGCAGUGGAGACCUGAUAUUGACGAGCUUAGAACCUUGAUCAGAGACAACACGAAGUUGAUAAUAAUACAGAGCCCUUGUGACCCCACAGGGGCGAUUGUUCCCAGACCAGUACUCGAGACACUCGUGGAAGUGGCUGAAGAUAAAGGCAUAUUAAUCAUGGCGAACGAGGCAUACCGACCGCUGUUCCACUCGAUAUCACCGUCCGACGACGAUUUUCCACCGUCGAUGAUCAAUCUGGGCUAUAGAAAAGUUGUGGUUACCGGCACCGUCGAAAAAGCGUACAGUCUGGGUGGAACAAGAGCUGGCUGGGUUGCGACGAAGGAUACGAGCAUUAUGGCCGCUUGCAAGAAAGCCAGACGCCUCAAGUCCACAUCAGCCUCGAUCCUGGACGAGCUAAUCGCAGCGGAGGCUUUAAGCGACAGGUGCAUCCAUGCAUUGUUAGCUAGAAACAUCAAAUUGUGUCAAACAAACCUAGGCCUGGUUCAGGCCUUCGUGGACGAACACAGCUGGGCAUGCUCCUGGGUCAAGCCACAGGCCGGUACAACUGCGAUGCUGAAGUUCCACAAGAUGGGGAAGCCGGUCGACAGCGAGGGAUUCUGCUUGAAAUUGCUCGAGCAGGCUGGCAUUCUUCUCUGUCCAGUGAGCAGGUGCUUCGGCGACAGUCGAACGGUUCGAGGGUAUGUGAGAGUGGCGUUUGGAGCAUCGACGCAAGACGUCUCAGCCGGGCUGGCCGCUUGGAAAGCGUUUAUUGAGGAGGCCUUCGAAUCAGUGCCCACAGCGCCGAGCAAGUCGACCCCCUGA